AGCACAGAUGACAGGAAAGGAAACCGAGAGAUGAGCCCCUGGUAGCGCGAGAAGCAUCUUCGAAAAUAGAAACAGAAGCCGCUACUUCUGCUCCAGAAACGGAAAACUACAGUUUUGCACGGUGCUAUGCUGAUUUCGCGUUUUAUAUCGCAGAGAAUUGAGGGAUGGUUGUGAGUGAGUGAGGAGGGCGGAUCUUUGCAGAGAAUGCUUGCAAAAGCCAAGGCGUGCGCUGUCCCAAGAGAACUCAUUUGAAGAGAUUCCAGAGAGAGAGAGAGACCGGAAUGCCGGGCAACAUCGCUCCUCCGGUUCACCUGCGAGGCUGAGUUUUCCUGAGCACCCUCUGUCUGUGAGUGUGUGUCUGAGUGUGUGUGUGUCUUAGUGUGUGUGUUAUGGCCUCUGGGACGGACGACCCAUACCGUAAGAUGCUAAUGCUAGGGGCCAUCGCCGCGGCGUCAGCCUUCGUGGUCACAAUCUUCAUCGUGGUGGUCUGUGUGGGCUGCCAGAGGAAAAACAAGACCAAACAUCCUGUGUCCAAUGGAGAGAAGGGUACCUCAGUAGAAAUGGGUGCUCUCCGUCAGCCCAAGAACAGUUCCAUGAGUAAAUCUGACACCAGGCUGCAUGAGAUCAACCGCCUGCCUUGCAACGGCAACAGUGGGGGUAAGAAUCGUCCAGCCAGUAUGGACCUGCUCCUCCUCCAUAGCCGUCGCUCCACGUCUGACCUCCGCCCACCCCUGGUCCGCCAGCUUCCACAGAUCCCCAACAGACCAGUGGGGAAGGGAGACCCCGAGGGGGGAGACAUUCGGGGGGGAGGAGGAGACGGGGUCAGAGACCACACCUACACUGAGGUGGGAAUCCGGAACUCACCCGUCCGUUGCCUUGAUGAUGGGCUGUAUGAGGUUGUAGGGGUUCGAGAGGCAGACACGGUGCCCCCCGCUCCCCCUCCCACGUCGGCCAACACCCCGGCAACACUAAGGGCUUCACAGAGCCCCAAUGGGACCCGCAACAACGUGGUCCGAAAUGAGAAUGGGAAUGGAAAUGGGAAUGGGAAGGGCAGAGGGAACGGCAGAGGGGCUGUUAAUGGCUGUAGCACUCUUGGUAGAGGAGGGAAGGGGCCCAAUGGUGCUAACGGUGUUAACGGAUCUAGCGGCUCGCCCUUGUCCUCCCUUCCCUCCCUGGCCAUUCAGGACCCAGUAACGGCAGAGUACGCCUCCAUCCGGAAGGUCAAGAAGGUGAACAAGGCAUCGAAGAACGAGAUAGGGAACACAGAGUCAGAUGACCAAUCAAGUGUCCAAUCAAGUGUGGGAGAGUCACCCUCUGCCCCGCCCCCUCUGCUGCCCCGCAGCCAGGAGGUUCCACGGAAACAGCUGGAGCCAUUCCACCUGCACGUCUUCCCGAAGGAGACGGUAUUCAUGGGGAAUGGGGAACAGUACAUCUGGAAGCCCCCAGAGGAUGAUGACAUCAUCACCCUGCACCGAGCGCCUGCACCCCCGGGGGAGAACGGACAGGGAUACACACCUACAGCCAUGGAGAUCACAGACACCUACUCCACCGUGUGUAAACCACAGAAGAAGAAACCUUCCCCAGACCACAGCGCAGCCAAGACCCUCCCCCGCAACCACUGCUCUGGGGGGAAGAAUGGAGGAGGUAGGGGAGGAGGAGCAGGAGGGAACGGGGCAUGGGGUGGCGGUCAGGGGAUCCAGGGUGGCCAGGCCCGAUCCCAUGAGGAGCCCUGCUACGAGCCCGUUGGUGACAGGUCCUGCCCCCCCUGUGUGGUGGCCGAGUCGGACCCGGCGUACGCCACUAUCGACUCCCACCGGAAACAUGAGUGGGCAGGAACCAAUAACGGUGCGCUGGGGGCGAACGCUACACUAAAGCCCAGGAAGAAGCCUCCUCAGCAGGGAGCAUCGUCUCCAGAGGCCCCAUGCCCCCAGGGACCUCCAGCAUGCCCCCCGGCCCCUCCAUCUAGGGCCUUGCCUGGGGGGGAGAACUUCUAUGAGACCAUCAGCGAUGUGAAACAGGGGGCCAACAGUGCCAGCACCACCACCAUCUUCACCUUCAACGACGGGAUGGAGAUGUAUGUCACUGGCCUGUAGCUGAGAGACACUGGCUCACACACACACACACACACACACACACACACACACACACACACACACACACACACACACACACACACACACACACACACACACACACACACACACACACACACACACACACACACUGGGCUGGGUUCUGACCUGUUUGUGUUCUUCUGACCCUGUCUACACCCUCUUUACACUAUGAAAGUGACUGGAAGCAAUGUACAUAGAGACCCACAGUGGAGGUGUCAUAAUACCCAUAAAACCUAGAGUUCAAACAGGGAAAUGGUUCCAAUCGUUUUUCUCCCAUAAAGUUUUCCCAUAGGAGAUGUUAGAAACACUUCAAAUAAGGGCUUUGCUUCAUGUAGGCUUACCCUGGCGUGACAUGUAAAUGUUCAUCUCGUACAAGGGGAAUUUUACCAAUAUAUUAGUCUCUAUUUACUCUCAGAUUCUAUAAUGCAAAUUAGCAUCAAAAAACAGCAAAUCCAUGCAAUCUCCUGCACCAAGCCAAAUUUGUGUCAUCUCUAGCUGACACCUUUGCUAACAGGUAUUGAGUCAAUUUAAAAAUUGCACCAGACAGUUCACAGAAUUGUCCAUUUAAAGAAAUUAGCCAAUUUAUUCCUUACUACAUUUAGCUCAAUUGGGCAGUCUCGUCCACAUCAUCAAUGCAUGUCUAGUUCUUUAUGAUAGCCAAAUUAACAACUAAUUACAAUUUCAUUUUUGGGGAAGCAAUACAGUUAAAUAUAUGGAUAGAAUUCACCUUGUCUAUAGAGAUUUACACGCUUAUCCAAACUUACACGAAAAACAGCCCUUAUUUGAAGUAUUUCUAAAAACUCCUAUGGGGAAAUGUAUGGUAGAAAAACAAUUGGAACCAUUCCCCUGUUUGACCUCUAGGUGUUAUGGGUAUUAUGACUCGUACUGUGAUACUCCAUAGCAGGGUUUCCCUAACUCGUUUCUGGGGCCCCCCUGGGUGCACGUUUUGGUUUCUGGGGCCCCCCUGGGUGCACGUUUUGGUUUUUGCCGUUUCACUACACAGCUGAUUCAAAUAACCAACUCAUCAUCAAGCUUUGAUUAUUUGAAUCAGCUGUGUAGUGCUAAGGCAAAAACCGCACCCAGGGGGGCCCCGGGACUGACUUUGGGAAAACCUGCUCUAUAGCAAUGAGAACAACUGCUGAAAUCAAGCAGCAAAUGUUAUGCAUUCUAACACCAGGUUUAAACAGUAUCUCAACCCAGGGUCAGGCACCAGACCCAACCAGUGGUGGGCAUGGUACUGACUGGGGAAGCCCAUAUAGGGGUUCCAGGCUAGUUGAACCUUGGAUAGGAGCCCAGGUUCAAGGGUUACAGCUCAAGUCAUUUAUCAGACACUCUUGUACACAGUAGAACAACUUACAGCAGUGAAUGCAUACAUUUUCUUACUGGUCCCCCAUGGGAAUUGAGCCCACAACUAUGGCAUUGCAAACACCAUGCUCUUCCAACUGAGUCACACAGGACAACCUGAGGGGUUCCCCCUCAUUUACACCACUGGACUCAAAAGAACCCAAUCUACCCUACGUCUCUGAGCUUUACCGCAGAACCAGUCUGGCUAACUCAGUCUGGACUGCACCUCUCAGCCAGACUCAAACAGGUCCCAACCAGACCAGACUGAGCAUCAUGUUAUGAACUGUGUCACUGUUCACCUUACCUUACCAUUUGUGUCACAUUUUACAUAUAGAUUUAUUUUUGUAUAAAUAUGGUACCGUUAAUAAAGCAUGGCUUGUGUACAGAGCGACACACAAUCCCCCUAAAUAACAUGAUAACACACAAUAACAGACACACGUGCACACACACACACACCGUACGCAAACAUUGUUGUGUAUGAAAACACACAUUCUCACAAAGAUGACAGAGAGAAGAAGUGUGUAGACUCCAGGAUGGCUUCACUUCUAAGUUCCAACCCCCUGAUGACAUUACCGAUGACGUCACUGCUGGUAAAAAGGGUUUGACUAUGUUACUGAUUUUAACAAGUUUAAAUCCAAGCCUCAGAGACUCAUGGAAGGAUUAAACACAAACACAUACAGACACACACACAUACACAUACCUUGUGCUGGGAAUGAUGUAAUAGAAGCAGAUGGGAGUCUGGGAGAUUGGCUGUGAUUAGCUCUCCUUAAGCAAACAUAUCAAACAGGUCCUCUCUCUGUUGCCGGGCAGGGCAGAUAUGGUUUGACUUUGAGAAAAAAAUCUGACAUGUAGCCUAGGUCUAUACGGUACGUGGACGUUAACAUGCUCUGACCUGGAGGAGGCGAGCUUGGCUCCAACCCACCACUCUCCUGUACACUCUUUACUCCUUGGUAUUCAAGGUAGAAGUUGCCCCUAACCACAGAUACACACACUGAAGAUGUCUUGUAACUGGAAGGGUCUUUGAAUGAAAGUGGCAUACAGCAAUCACUCACUAUACAUCUGAAGUACAUGUAUCAGAGUUAUAUGCUGGGAGAUCUUGACCAACUUUCUGACUCUGAUGUUCAUCUUGUAGCGUUGUAUUGAGCUCAGCCGGUUGAUAAGGCCGGGUAAAAGGGCCUUGUUCUUGUUGUCAGUGGUGACACAGUUCAAGUGAAGCAGUGGUCCGCCUCAGGCUGCCUCACACUGUUAAUUCCAUCCAGAACCACUGAGCUUUAACCACAGUGACUGACCACAGAGCAACAACUGACACACUUAUAGGGACAGUUUGACGCGACACCUAAGUCUUCCCUUUUCACAUCUCAAAAGGGGUCUAAUGUCGAGUGGAAUCCAAAUAACACAGGUUCUGUGGUGUAGAGCCUUAUUCUCAAAUUAAUGGGGGUGAUUGGCACCGUCUAAGUAGAAUUUUGGGGUGAGCUGUCAUAAAGAGUACUGAUUUGGCUAUACUUUAGUCAGAUUUAAUUUAUUGUAAGUUGUUAUUCACGU